ACUCUCUCUCUCUCUCUCUCUCUCUCUCUCUCUCUGUUUCCUACUUCAUGUUCCUCAUAUCAAAACCAUUCGUAACAUGCACUUCUCAUUUUCCUUUCCCUCUUCUUCUUCUUCUUCUUCUUCUUCGCCGUUCCCACUCCAACUCGUCUCCAUGUACUCCUCCCACCUGUUUCGGUAUUUAGGAGAGCAAAACCCAGCUGGAUUCCACCUCGGGGAUGCUGCUCCUGAUCUCCCCCGAAGUUCAAUCCUCAGCCCCAAAGCUUCUAGCAAUCUCACUGCCGCAACAUCUUCUCCACUACACAUACAAUUUGGAGGAUUAACACACCCAGGCAUGUCAUCUUUAGACAUGGCUGGGUGCAAUGUUGGGGCCGGAGCCGAAGCGGCGGCGGCGGCGGCGGCGGCGGCGGAGGCGAGCCGGUUCUCUUUUCCGAGGGCGGUGCAUCUUGAGAAUUGGGGGGAUUCGGCAAUGGCGGUCACAAGCCCCAUCACCGAUACCUCCACCGACGUCGACAACGACGAUAGGAAUCAGAUUAUUGAUGGUGGUCAACAAGGAGCUGCUGCUUGUCUUGAUUCCUCUGCUGUGUCCAAAGGGAGAGCAGGGGAUCAAAAGACGCUACGCAGGCUCGCGCAAAAUCGGGAAGCCGCCCGAAAGAGUCGCCUGAGGAAAAAAGCAUAUGUUCAACAGCUUGAGAAUAGCCGAAUGAAGCUGGUGCAACUUGAGCAAGAGCUUGAAAGAGCACGGCAACAGGGUAUCUUCAUUGCAAGUGGGUUUUUGGGAGAGCAUGGUUAUUCAAUCGGAGGAAAUGGGGCCCUCGCAUUUGACAUGGAGUAUACUCGGUGGCUUGAUGACCAUCAACGACAGAUCAAUGACCUGAGAUCGGCUUUAAAUUCUCAAAUGAGUGAUGACGAUCUGCGGGUUCUUGUCGAUGCUGUGAUGGCUCAGUACGAUGAGGUUUUCAAGCUCAAAAGCAUCGGGACAAAAUCUGACGUGUUCCACAUGCUCUCCGGCAUGUGGACGACCCCAGCUGAGAGGUGUUUCAUGUGGUUGGGAGGCUUUCGAUCCUCAGAGCUUCUAAAGAUUCUCGCGAGUCACCUUGAACCUUUAACAGAUCAGCAGUUGAUGGGUAUAUGUAACCUCCAACAGUCCUCUCAGCAGGCUGAGGAUGCUUUGUCACAGGGAAUGGAAGCCCUGCAACAGUCUCUUGCGGAAACCCUGGCUUCUGCUUCUCUCGGGCCAUGUCCUGGUUCUGAUAAUGUUGCAAAUUACAUGGGCCAGAUGGCAAUUGCUAUGGGCAAGCUAGGCACACUUGAGAAUUUCCUUCGCCAGGCUGAUCUUUUGAGGCAGCAGACAUUGCAACAGAUGCAUCGAAUAUUAACUACUCGUCAAGCAGCGCGAGCAUUACUGGCCAUAAGUGAUUACUUCUCACGCCUUCGUGCGCUCAGUUCUCUAUGGUUGGCACGCCCGAGGGAUUAGUUUUAAGUUGUAUGAUGUAACAGGCAAGGGAGCAUCUUCUAUUUAGCUUUCAUGCAGGAAUCGUAGUUGUAGGUAGUGAUUUAACAUAAGAUGUUGUAACGGUUAGAAUGUUGUAACAGGUAAGAUGUUUAAAGGUAGCUAACACUCGGAAGAGAACUUAUGAUACAUCUAUGAGAUGUAAAUCAACAGACAAGCAAUUUAUGUUUUUAUUUACUGUCUUCGGUAGUUAAAACUGCUGAUCAACAAACAUGCUGUUAUAUCUUUUCUUUUGUUCUCUGUGGUGAGACCACUUUUCUUUACCCCUUAAAUUCCGUUUUUUUUUUUUUUCCUUUUCUUUUGUGCGCAAGUUUCCAACCAAACGAAGCAAAUGUACCCUAAUCAAAUGCCUAAACAUGUCUUUGCUAAGGUUCUCUAUGGCAGAGGAUAAUCAUAAACAAUAUACGACUAAAUGACCAUACUACUUCUAUCUCUUUUAUCUCUAAAGAUGCCUCUUUGUUGCUUGUGCUCUAGUGAAUCAGUUUUCAACCACACUUGCUAGUUAUUUGCUUCUAUCUAAUUGCUCAACUAAUGCUCAAAAGAGCAGAAUAAUAUGCAUUAGUUAUAAUGUUAAUAAAGUCGUUCCUAAUAAUAUUACAACUGUUUCUUCUACAACCAAAAAUUUCUUCUGCAACAAGAAAUUUUGUUUACUCCAUGCUUUCAAUUGUCAAAGAGUAGUUAAUUUCCAUGCAGUAGCUGUAAAAGUAUGAACUAUGGACCCUUGGUUUUUGUAAGGGAAAGAGAGGUCAAAUUAUAAUGGAUACACUAAUUGAGAAACUUAAGAUAGAAAACGUUCCAAGGCUUAUCCAUCUAACAAUACAAUUCCAAUCAAAAAUCUUUAUUUCUUUGAACCUAAACAUCAACGUUUCCUCGAUAAAGAUCUUCCAAAUCAUUCAUGACCAAAGCUUAAAGGAACACAAUUUUUCAAUUUUUCGAAGCUGCAGAUACUUUUGUACUCAGCUAAUCUCGAGCAAAACGAUAGCAACAAAUCGAGAACCAUAAGAGAAAGUAGAUGCUAAACGUCAGAGGUUUCUGCUCUGGGGAUAAGCUGAAAAUGAGGAUUUAUUCUGUUUUUUUUUUUUUUUUUUUUUUUUUUUUUUUUGGUCUAAGAAGAGAGUGAAAUUAGUAGAAAUAGAAUCUCGAAAUCAUAGAGAUAGAAAAAUUCAACCAAACUCAAUUGAGUCUCUAC